UCAAUGGGACAGGGAAGUGACAGCAAGUUCAGCAGCAGCAGGAGUAUUCCAGUCUGAUUUAAAGCUCCUUUUUAAAUACACCACUUAACUUUCCUCGCGGAAUGAGCAGGUGUCGCAGCAGUAGUGUGCGUCAGAUCUCCAUCUCCUCUGAGCCUCAGCGCUGUUUCUUCCUCAAGUUGGAAUGGGCUGAAGAUCUCGGCUCCGGCUUCGUCAUCUUUCUGUGUGAUGGGGAAUCUGCCUGGAGCGGUGAAGUUUCCGAGGAGGACGUGUCGCGGGAGGCUCGUGAGAUGGAGAUGGAGCGUGAUCGGUAUGUCUGUGACCUGCAGCUGGCCCUGACCGGAGCACCAUCAGGAUCUGGAGCUUCAGAUGAGGGUGAAUUUACCUUCCAGCUGACACCUGAGCGGCCCGGACGACCCCAACUGCAGCUGUCUUAUGAGAAGGUGCAGAAGGACAUCUCGUUCAGGCUGGGCGUGGUGGAUCUGCAGCCGGUGCCGGAGCCCACUGAAGUCAUCCGGGAGCUCAUUACUCACGGCCUGGAGCAAAGCUCACGUCUUCAGGCCUCAAACCAGCACCUGUUGGAGGAGAACCAGAAGCUGAGGAGAGAACAGCAGCACAUCACUGAAGAGAUGGAACGAUACGUGAAGGGAAAGGAGGCGUUAGAGAGAGACCUGUACAGCCGCUUUGUGCUGGUCCUCAAUGAGAAGAAAGCCAAACUCCGAGCCCUGCAGCAGAGGGUCCGAGAGCUGGAGGAGGCUGAGGAGGAGAGAUCACCGAGAAAGAAAAAGGCAGAUAGUGAAGAUCAUGAAGCGGUGGAGGCGGCAGCAGAUAAGAGUCCUGAUGAAGAGAGUGAUUAUGGAGGAAGUACGGAAGAUGAACAGGAAGCAGAACCCAAACGCCUCGACCCAAAACCUCCUACAGAAGAGAUGCCAGAAUGCAGCCCGAUGGAUGACAGUCUGAAUGACAUCACAGACGUGGCUCCGUGCCGUAAACGCCGCCAUCGGCACCUGCAGCAACUCGAGGCUCAAGCCAAACGCAAAACGCUGGAGCAGCAGCACAGAUCCAGAGAGAAGCCGGUGGAAGAAACCAAAGCUGCGACCAGCAGAACGUCAAGUGUCCCGGUGAAGCCUGCAAACACUGCUGCAAACCUUGAUCCAGAUGAGCUGUUUGAUGAUAUAUGACGCUCUAAUGAUGAGCAUGACUACUGUUUUUAAACUAGAGGAGAAAUAAAAUUGUCAUUUUAAAAGUAUUUUAUAGUCUAACCCUGCUACAAUAUUACGUUUAAAGAAGGAACACUAUUUUUGUAACAACAGUACAAUGUUUAAUGAAGAUGUAAGGUGUUGAUAAAGAUAAUAAAUGUGGAUGAGGUUG